AGAUUAGAUUUGUAGGUUAAACUCAAAUAAACAAGUUGACAUUUCGUCCUUCGUUCACCGCGUUAACAUCAUGAAAGCUUUAGAAUUCCUUUAGAUUUGUGCUGACGUCUCGUUGAAACAAAUUUCUAAACAAUUGGAAUAUUAACAAUGCCACCUACUAUACAAACAGGAGCGACCCCUCCGUCAGCCCCUGCUCCAGCUGUUUCCAAACCGGUAGAGAAAAGAUCAGACCUAUUAUGUAAAGUGAAAUAUUGUAACACUUUGCCAGACAUUCCAUUCGAUUUAAAGUUUCUUGCUUAUCCAUUUGAUGCUACGAGGUUUAUACAAUACAACCCAACUUCCUUAGAAAGAAAUUAUAGAUAUGAAGUACUAACUGAACAUGACAUGGGUGUUGGAAUUGAUCUUAUAAAUAAAGAUAUAUAUGCGAUUGAACCAGGAGCAGUUUUAGAUCCAGCUGAUGAGAAAUUAUUAGAGGAAGAUAUUCUCACUCCUCAAGAUUCAAAGAGAUCUCGACAUCAUGCCCGCUCUGUAUCUUGGUUGCGUCGUACAGAAUAUAUUUCCACAGAACAAACUAGGUUCCAGCCUCAAACUAUGGACAAGGUGGAAGCUAAAGUUGGUUAUAGUAUCAAGAAGAAUUUGAAAAAUGAAACAUUAUAUAUGGACCGUGAUUCUCAAAUCAAAGCUAUUGAAAAAACUUUCGAUGAUUCUAAAGAGAAAAUUGAAAAACACUACAGCAAGCCUGGAGUUACUGCAGUUGAAGUUUUACCUGUCUUCCCCGAUUUUGCUUUAUGGAAAUAUCCUUGUGCGCAAGUCAUUUUCGACUCGGAUCCAGCUCCAGUUGGUAAACAAGUCCCAGCACAGAUAGAAGAGAUGUCUCAAGCUAUGAUAAGAGGUGUUAUGGAUGAAAGUGGUGAACAGUUUGUUGCAUAUUUCUUGCCUACUGAAGAAACUCUAUCUAAAAGAAGAGAAGAUUUUGUUAAUCAAAUACCAUAUCAAGAUGAUGAAGAAUAUGAAUACAAGAUGGCAAGGGAAUACAACUGGAAUGUGAAGAGUAAAGCUAGUAAAGGAUACGAAGAAAAUUACUUCUUGGUAAUGAGACAAGAUGGAGUAUUCUAUAAUGAGCUUGAAACAAGAGUUAGAUUGAAUAAGAGAAGACAAAAAGUGGGACAACCUCCAAGUAAUACAAGAUUAGUAGUUAAACAUAGACCAAUGGACGCAAAUGAAUUCAGAAUGCAGAGAUACAGGGAGAAGCAGUUGGAACCACCAGGUGAUGAUGAAGAAGAAGAAGUUGAAGAAGAACCACAAAAUAACACGCAGAAGAAUGACAAGGAGGAGACUGAAGAAAAUCAAGAAAAUGAGGAAAAUAAUGAGAAUGAAAAAGAGAAAGAAGAACAUAACUCAAGAGCAUCUUCUAGAUCAUCGCAAAGAUCCAGGUCUCAUUCAAAAUCUAAAUCUCGAUCGAGAUCAAGGUCAAGAUCUGGUUCACCAGUUAAAUCACGUUCAAAAUCGAGGUCCAAAUCGGCAUCGCCUUCUAGGUCCAAAUCUAAGUCUGCUUCGCGUUCAAGGUCCAGGUCAAGAUCAAAGUCAGCUUCUGGUUCAGAAUCUGGCUCUAGAUCUGGUUCUGAAUCAAGAUCUUCCAGGUCAAGAUCUAGAUCCAAAUCACCUUCAAAAUCAAGAUCGGCGUCUAGAUCAAAAUCAAGAAGUAGAUCGAAAUCUGGCUCACGAUCAAGGUCGCAAUCGGGUUCUCCCGCUAGGUCCAGGUCAAGGUCUGCUUCAGGUUCUGAAUCUGACAGUGGAAAAUCAGGCAGUGGUAAAUCUGAUAGUGAGUGAAUUAUUUUUAAGCUGAAGAAUAUUACCAUAUUUUCUUGAGUUUAUGUUGGUAUAGACGUUUAUGUUAAACAGUAUUCAAUAAAGGAGAAAAUUAA